GUGGUGAAUUAUGCCCCCUUCACGCUGCUCCCAUCUGCAGUGCCACGGGCCUUGUUUGAACAAGCCUACGCUGUCCAGCAGGAUUUUAACCUGCUGGUGGAUGCUGUCAGUCAAAACAGAGAAUUCCUGGAGCAAACUCUGGCCAGCACCAUCAAGGUCGACGAUUUCACAGCUCGGCUCUUCAGGAUCUACAAGCAGGUUUUGGAGGAAGGCCUGGCUCAGAAUGUGUUUUUGGGCAUCAACCGCUCGGAUUACAUGUUUGACUGUGGGCUGGAAGGCACAGCAGCUCUGAGGCAGAUAGAAAUAAACACCAUUGCUGCCAGCUUUGGGGGGCUCACCUCCCGCACUGCUGAUGUCCACAGGUUGGUGUUGAAAGUGCUGGGAAAGAGUGAGGAGGCAUCACAGCUGCUGCCCAACAACCCAGCCAAGGGGCUGGCCUUGGGAAUUGCCAAAGCUUGGGAGCUCUAUGGAUCCCAAAGGGCUGUGGUGAUGUUUCUGGUGGAGGAUGUCCAGAGGAAUAUUUUUGAUCAGCGUUGUGUAGAAAAUGAACUUUGGAACAGGAACAUCCGCGUGCUGAGGAAGCGCUUCCGGGACGUGUUUGAGCAGGGCUCCCUGGAUGCCAGCAGGAGGCUGUAUAUGGACGGCCAGGAGGUGGCAGUGGUGUAUUACAGAGAGGGCUACGUGCCCCAGGUCUACGAUGAGCAGAACUGGGAGGCGCGGCUGCUGCUGGAGCGCUCGCGGGCAGUGAAGUGCCCCGACAUUGCCACGCAGCUGGCGGGCACCAAGAAGGUGCAGCAGGAGCUCAGCAGGCAGGGGACGCUGGAGAAGCUGCUGCCAGGCCACCCCGAGGCCAUUGCUCGGAUCAGAGCCACCUUUGCAGGACUCUACUCCCUGGAUGAGGGUGAAGAAGGUGACAGAAUGGCUGCCACAGCCAUCGCUGACCCCGACCGCUUCGUGCUGAAGCCUCAGCGUGAAGGUGGAGGGAACAACCUCUACGGUGAAGAGCUCAGGGAGGUUCUGGAGAAGGUCAAAGACAGCCCUGAGAGAACUUCUUACAUCUUGAUGGACAAGAUCAAACCCCAGCCAGCACUGAAUUACCUGCUGAGGGCUCACAGCCCCCUCCAAGUGUCUGAGUGCAUCUCUGAGCUUGGGAUCUUUGGUGUCUAUGUCAGGUGAGCAGUGUGCUUGUGUUCCAGGACAGUUCCCUGCUCCUGACAUGGAGCAGGAGCAUUUUGCCCCCUGUGCAGCCCAAGCACAGCCACAGCACAGAUGUCUGGGGACAUGCAGGUGCAGGGGACAGAUGUGACCAUUCAGUCUGUGCCUCUGGAGCAGCUCUGAGCAUGUGAGCUACUGCUCUGAACCUGCUGCCAAACGAGCUGUUAGAAAACCACAGGGCUGGUGCUGGCAGUCAGUGGUGCAAUGGGAUCCUGGGGUCCAUGUGUCCCAUCCCUGAUUUCUGGGAGCAUUUCUUGGGUUCUGAAUGAAGCCCCAUGUGUGGUUUUUCUGAAGCCCUGGUGGUGUCUGAAAUACCUGAUGGCUUAAUGCCUGUUCAACUCUAAUAAGAGCUGGUUUUGUAACCCUCUUAGGCCACGUUUCCAUAGGGUAUAAAUGAAAGUCCAUUGCACACAGUUUAGGGAACAAAGGUGCUCUGGCAGCAUUCAGCCCUUGGCAGUGCCCAUGGCAGAGUGGCCAGUGCAGCCACCACUGCAAGGCUCCCACAUUAGCCCUGGGGGCUCUGCCCUGCCCUGUAUGCCUGACAGGGACAGUGCAUCCUGCUGCUCCACAGAACUGCCAGGAGCUCUGUGCUGUGCAGGGGCUCAGUGCU